GUGAGGAUGGAUAGGUCAGCAAUGCCAGCCAUGCGUCCCCGGUCCAGACUGUUGUCUAAAAGGGAACUCCCACUGCCGACCAUCCGAGAGGGCACCGAAGAGAUGGUGAGGGAUAUGAACCAAGAUAACACGUUCAACUCCUCUUCCCAUAGCCCAGUGCUUUCUGCUGAGGAUUACCUCCUCUCCAUCUGCCACCUGGCCCACCCCACUUUUCCCACCCAAGAUGCUUCCUCUGACAACAACAGUGCACACCCACUGGGUUCUCUUCACCCACGACUGCGGCUACCUCCGCUCACUGGGAGCACAUCCGCGACCUUUGAACUCCACCACAGAGGGAAGGCUCAUGACAUGAACGUGCUCCAGGGUGACAGGAAGAACUUGAAUGAUGAACCUUUGCCUGGCUGCUAUGGCAACUCUGACCCUCUUGAGUAUCUCUAUGGAUGGCAUGGCAACUCUGACCUCUCUACUUGUCAAUCAGGGGGUGAGAGGAGGGGACUUUCUGAGGGGAUGGUGAUGAGGAGAUACAGGGACAUGUGGGAGGGCCAACCUCGCUCCCGGGCACACAGUGUCCCCUUUGCUGCUAGUCCAGAUCUCCCACGCCGCCGCAAGAGCAGCUGCCCCGAGUUGCACACCAGCACUUACGCUACCCAUUGUAACCACUCUCCAAAGCACCACUCAUCCAAGUAUAACGCCAUGUCUCUGUCUUCUGGACGAAGCCCAGAAGACAGAGACAUGGCGGGAGAGAGAGAGGGUAGCACAGUCAAGCACUCGCUGGUCUCUCAGUGGAUCUCUGACUGCAAGUCAGCAUGGAGAGAGGCACGUGUUCGUGCCUGCAUGCUGCCCGUCAUUGCUGAGAUAUAGAAUGACUGCACAGAAUCAGUCAACGCUUACCAAUGAAAUGUCAGGCAUACUAGCUUCAGAUCAGUGCCUGAGACACUGACACCAGUGGACAUAUAGAGGUGAUUUAACACAUACAGAUGCAGCUAUGUGCAAGAGAAAUUAUAAAAACAAGUAAAAACAGAUUGUUGUUAUUGCCUAACUAUAAUGUGUCACUAUUUACUGUAUUGUUGUGGGCAAUUUGUUCUUGGUACGCUGUUGUGGGUCAAUGCAAGCAAAAAUUGGCAAAACUGCAAAAUCUCUUUUAUACCUCCUUGUGUUUUGUGAACAAAAAACAACAACAAAAAACAAUAAUAAAGAAAUAAA